UGUGAAUGUAAGGAAGACGUAGCCAAUAGUCAAAAUCUACUGCAGAGGAUAAUUUAAAUUGUAAUGGAAAGCAAGUAAUAUCAUUGGAUAAAGUCAUCAAUACCGAUGAGAAUUAGAAAUAAUAGAAAACGAAGAAGCAAUAGAAGGAAAUAUCAACGAAAAAACAGAACUCAACCAAUACAGAAGACUUAUCUGGAGUGAGUAUUAAAGAAUCCUAAAAUGGGGCAUAUAAUUUGAGAUAGUACACUCGAAGAAAUUAUUUGGAUUUUGGGAGUGAAGCAGGUGGAGAUGACAACAAUGAUAUAGAUUUUGGAGUGAAAAAGCAAUUAAACAAGGAAAGAAAGAAUAGUGAUUUAGAUAUCAACGAAACCAUUGAAUAUGACAAAUUACCCAAAAAUAAGUAAGGAUUACUAAAACUGUUAUCAAAAGUAGAAGCUAGUAUUGAAUCUUAAAAAUUAGAAUGGUUUAAAGAGUAUUCAUUAUAUUCUAUAAUAAAAUAGAUAAAAUGAAUUACCAACAUUGACUAGUUCUGUACCUGAAAACUCUAUCCCCAUAAAUGCUGAUGUCCUAUCAUUUAAUUUUAAAUCCUUAAUAGCUUCACAACAAAAAAUAGCUGGCAAAUUGUUUGAUGGUAUUAUUUCCUCCUAAGAAUCAAGCCAUUAUGAUGGAUCCUCCUUGGUAAUUAUCAACAUCUUAACCAUCCAGAGGAGUUGCCAUUGCAUACCAAUCUCUCAAAGAUGAUUAAUUAAUGGAGUUGCCUAUCCCCUUAUUAUAAAAAGAAGGCUUCCUCUUUAUUUGGACAAUCAAUGCCAAAUAUCGUAUUGCUGCAAAAAUGAUGAAACAAUGGGGCUAUCAAUUAGUUGAUGAAUUGAUUUGGGUCAAAAAAACUGUUAAUGGUAAAAUCGCCAAAGGCCAUGGGUUUUAUUUGUAACAUGCAAAGGAAAAUUGCCUUAUUGGUUAUAAAGUAAUUUAAAUUAUAUAUAUUCUAGGGCAAUAAUAAAUUAAAUUACUACUUAAAGAGUGAUGUUAUCUGGAGUGAAAGAAGAGGCUAAUCUCAAAAGCCUGAAGAAAUCUAUGAAAUUAUUAAUGCAAUGGUGCCUGGAGGUCAUUGCUUAGAAAUCUUUGGCAGAAGAAACAAUCUUAGGAAUAAUUGGGUAACUAUUGGAAAUGAAUUAUGA